AUGGAUGUAUUUGGGAUCUUUAUCUCUCCAUUCGUACAAGCUAUGGUUGAUAACUUGUCCUCUUAUUUUAGCAACUUAGUGAGCACAGCCGACGCUGGCACUGGCAUCCAGAAUCUGAAGAAGGCAUUAGAGGAUUUAGAGACUCUGUUGGCUGAUGCAGAGAACAAACAAGUGUACGACAAGGAUAUCAAAAAGUGGCUAGAAGAGGUUCAACCUUUGGCUUAUGACGCAGAUGACUUAUUGGAUGACUUUGACACUGAAGCUCUCGAAAGGAAGCUAAUGGCGGAGGAGACGACAAUGGGAAGAAGACCAGCUAAGUUUCCACGUCUCUCUUCUAUUGUUCCAUUCAAUUUAAAAACUGGGUCAAAGCUAAAUGAGAUUACUAGUCAAUUACAAGAAGUUGCUACAAAAGGAAAAGAUCUUGGUUUAGAUAAAAGACUUGUUGGGAGGAUGUCUACAGAUUUACGGCAGAGAUCACAAACUACAUGUUUGAAGGAGCCUCACAUUCAUGGAAGAGAUGAAGACAUCAAGCAAAUUAUCGAAUUGCUGCUUGCGGAUGCUCCUGCUGGAAACCUUUUUGAUGUAAUUCCUAUUGUAGGAAUGGGUGGGAUUGGCAAGACUACACUAGCUCAGCACAUUUACAAUGACGACAGAGUGGAAAAGCAUUUCAAUCUAAAAGCAUGGGCAUGUGUAUCUGAUGACUUCGAAGUUAUGAGAAUAACAAAGGCAAUUCUCGAGUCGUUCACUCACGGUUCAUGUAAUUUUAGUAACUUAAAUGAGGUGCAAGUUCAACUUAGCAAAACGUUGGCAGGGUCCAUUUGA